UCUCAUUGGAAGUCCUAAAAAGCACACUAUAAUUUGUUUUCUUUUAUUUCAAGUUCUGCAAUUAUAUCAUUUUUAAUUGAAGUUUCAAUAAUUCAACUUGGAUUCUCUUCUUUGUUCUUUCCAGUAUUUUUUUGUUAAAAGAAAUGUCUAACAAUUAUGACAACUGGGAAAGGCUUGUGGUAGCUGUGCUUCGGAGAGAAAAGGAUCGGCAAUUGGCUUUGGCUCCCUCGAGGGAAUCAAGCAUAAGCUCCGUGUCCUCUAGUUUCAACUUUGGACUGGAUUUUCCAGUUCAUGAGCAGAGUCUCCAAUUUGAAGCUUCCUCCAGUAAAGUGAAUGAAACGGAUCGGGAGAGAUUGUUUCCAUCUGCAACGAGCAGCAGUCCAGGACUUAGCCAGUUUUUUGCUGCAGCAAGCGAUGAUACGUGUGUUUCUGGAGAGAGAUUGCCAAUACCAAAUUUGGAGAUUUAUCGCUUUACUGAAUUGAAAAGGGCCACGAAGAACUUCAAGUCUGAAAUGAUGCUGUGGUCGGGGCGUGUUGGAACUUUAUUUAUGGGUUGGAUGGACUCUGAUACACUUGCACCGUCUACAGAUGGUACCAGAAUGACGGUUGCCAUUAUUAAAUUGAACCCUAAUAUCAUACCAAAUUUUGGAGAAUGGGAGAGAGAAGUGAACUAUUUAGGAAGGCUUUCACAUCCCAACUUCGUCAAGCUCCUUGGAUACUGUUGGGAAGAUAAAGAGCGUUUACUUGUAUAUGAGUUUAUGCAGUGGGGAAGCCUGGCAAACCAUCUAUAUAGUUCUAUGGAAAGCCUGGCAAACUAUCAACUUAGAAGAAGCCAUUUAUCGUGGGACAUACGACUUAAAAUAGCUAUAGGUGCUGCUCGGGGCCUAGAUUUUUUGCACACUUCAGAUAACCAAGUCGUCUACAGAGACUUUAAGUCUUCCAGCAUACUGCUUGAUGGGAAUUACAAUGCGAAAAUAAUGGACUUUUUCUUGGCAAGAUCAUGGCCUUCAGAGGAGAAUUCAUACUUAGAAACCCCAUACGCUGCUCCUGAAUAUGUUGCAACAGGUCUUCUCGAUGUAAAGAGUGAUGUGUAUGCCUUUGGCUUGGUGCUGCUUGAGAUGUUGACAGGCUCACACGUGCUAAAUAUUGAAAGACCUAAAGGCGAGCAAAAUUUGAUUGAUUAUGCUAAACACCUCUCUCGGAAAAGGAAGCUAAUGACCAUUAUGGAUCCAUCGAUGGAAGGUGAAUAUUCUUCAAAGGCAGCAUUACAGGCCGCUCGGCUCAUUUUAAGAUGCCUUGAACCAUUACCCAAUAAGCGGCCUUCAAUGAAAAAAGUUGUGGAGGAGUUGGAACAAAUUGCAGGCGAAACCUUUGGUUUCUAAAAGUAAGUCCAUGCAUCGAGUUUUUAACAUAUCAAAUAUUCCCUAUUCCCGUGUACCUUGAAUCUACUUGUAGUUGCUUAUUUGGUAUGUUCGGACCUGCUCUGGUUGCAUUUUCAAAUAUUGUCCGGAAAGAUUUGAUCCUAAUUGGCAGCUUUUUUGGAGUUUAGUAGUUCAUUUUCUUCGAACCCUAUAUGCAUAUAAUAAGUUUGGUUGAACCAUUGGAAAGCUAUUAUACCUGCAGUUUUAUCCAUCAAUCUUAUAUUCGAUGGCACAGUCGUCUUUUCAUAAUGUUCUUAGCAAAAAAAUAAAAUAGAAUUAGUGCUAAGGUACACGCAUUUUAUUGUUCAUUUUAACUUCUUUAAUAAUGUCCAGUCCCCUUUAAUCCUCUUCAUGGGUGUCCUCUACCCUUCAUUUAUGUUAGAAGAAGUGUACUUGAUU